AUGGCAUACUGUCUUCUUGGACUCAUCAUCAAAAUAAUACAUCUACUUGAUCUUCGUUGUCUGGAUACACUAUAUUUAACAGGUGCAAUCAAUCUCACUUCAUUGAUUCACUUGCAAUACAUUCGACAUCUAGACAUCAGCAAUAAUGAUUUUAUGUGGAUUCACAUCCCACAAGCCAUUGGCUCUUUUACCAACUUACGAUAUCUCAACCUCUCAUUUUCUUUAUUGAGUGGGAAGAUUCCUUUCCAACUUGGAAAUCUUUCACUACUACAGUAUCCAGACCUUGGAAGAAAUAGUCUUCUUGGACCAGUUCCUUUUCAGAUUGGGAAUCUUAGACAGUUACAAUAUCUUGAUCUUGAAGGGAAUUCUCUAUCAGGAGAAAUCCCAUUUCAACUUAGGAAUCUCAAGCGGCUACAAUAUCUUAAUCUUGCAAGUAACACUCUUUCUGGAGCUAUCCCUUUUCGGAAUGGGAAUCUUCCUCUCUUACAAACUCUUCGGAUAGGUGGAAAGAUACCAAAAAGCAUCAUAUUGCUAUCUGAGUUGGAGGAUCUAUAUUUGGAGGGAAAUUCUUUAGAGGGUGAAGUCACUGAAUCUCAUCUUUCUAAUUUUUCCAAAUUAGAAACUUUAUCCUUAUCAUACAACACAUUGUCUCUAAGAUUUGUCUCUAAUGGGGUUCCUCCUUUUCAAGCAACAAGAUUGAGUUUAGCAUCUUGCAAGCUAGGUCCGAGUUUUCCUGGUUGGCUCCGGACACAGAAUUCUUUAAUGUCGCUAGAUAUAUCUGAUAAUGAGCUUAGUGAUUCUGUACCAGCAUGGUUUUGGAACAAAUUGCAAAAUUUGAAAUGGUUAAACAUGUCUCACAAUAAUCUCAAUGGUGCAAUUCCUGAUAUACCAUUAAAGCUUCCUUAUGGAACCUCUAUAAUUCUGAAUUCAAAUCAAUUUGAGGGUACACUUCCACCCUUUUUGCUACAAGCUUCAGGGCUUUUAUUCUCUAAAAAUAUAAUUUCUGAUUUGCAUUCUUUUUUGUGUAACCAAAUCAUUGCUCCGAAUUUGGCAACAUUAGAUUUAUCAAACAAUCACAUAACGGGACAAAUUCCGGAUUGUUGGCAAUCUUUAGACCAAUUACUAUUUCUUGAUUUGAGCAAGAAUAAGUUGUCUGGGAAUAUUCCCAUCUCCAUGGGGAAACUUGUUAAAUUAGAAGCGCUGGUUUUGCGAAAGAAUAAUUUAAGAGGUGGACUGCAUUCCAGUUUGAAGAAUUGCACUAAUUUAAUUAUGCUGGAUGUGAGUGAAAAUAAUUUGUCUGGUCGAAUACCAUCAUGGAUUGGAGAAAGUGAAAUACGAAAAGAGAUUGUGCAUUUUCUUGGGAUUGUUUCUUUAAAUUUAUCAAGAAACAAUUUGAGGGGAGAAAUUCCUUCUGAGAUUGGAAAUUUAAGUUCACUUGAAUCUCUUGACUUGUCAAGAAAUCAUUUGCAUGGGAGAAUUCCUUCUUCUCUUUCUCAACUUGAUUUCUUAGGAAAAUUAGACUUGUCAUACAACUCUCUUUCUGGAAGAAUCCCAUUGGGAAGACAUUUGCAGACCUUUGAAGCCUCUUAUUUUGAAGGAAAUAUUGAUCUUUGUGGUGAACAACUCAACAAAAGUUGUCCUGGAGACUAUUCAACCGCAAAACCAGAAGCAGCAACAGAAAAGGAGGGAGAUAAUUCUGAAUUCUAUGAAGCAUUAUACAUGCAUGGGCCUAGGAUUCUUCGUAGGAUUUUGGGGCUUAAUAGGGCCAAUUCUAAUUUGGAAACCUUGGAGAAUUGCUUACCUAAGGUUCUUGAACAUAUUGACAACUGA